GUUUAGAAGCCGCUAUUGAGGGGUAGGGAAUAGGGUUUCAUUCUGCAACAGACGUACUGAAUUCACAGAGCAAGAUGGCUACCGUUUUGGGAAAAGUUAUUUCUCGUGGAAUUGCUACUACCCGAGUGGCUAAUGGCCAAGCUGCUGUUUCUGGACAUCAUGAUGGCUGGAAGAUGUGGAGAAACCUCACUUUCUUGGUAGCUCUCCCCGGUGUUGCUCUGUGCAUGUUGAAUGUGUACUUGGGUUUGGACGAUGCUGAAGCCCAUAGUGCUCCUCCUUUUGUUGCCUAUGAGUACAUGAGGAUCCGCAACAAGAGAUUUCCUUGGGGAGAAGGACAGAAAUCGUUGUUCCACAACCCCCAUGUCAAUGCUCUGCCAGGCGGUUAUGAACACACUGAUGACCACCACUAAUCAGGUGAUUUUAGCUUGAAAAUCACCAAGGUGUUAGUUUAUUGUAAAAAUUGUCUUAAUACACCAGAAAACAAGA